AAAUCAUCGUUCCAACGUCCCCUAACUAGCAAACAUCACGAACUUCACUCAAUCAAAAGUUUCCAGCCUCACGACUCUGUUAGCCACCGACCGCCACCAUGCCGUCCAUAUACAACAAGGACAAACCCUGGGAUACGCCGGAUAUCGACAAGUGGAAAAUUGAUCAAUUCAAGCCCGAAGACAACACUGGUGGCCAUUUCGUCGAGGAGUCAUCUUUCAGUCUUCUCUUUCCCAAGUACAGAGAGGUCUACCUUAGAGAAGCGUGGCCACUGAUCACCAAAUCUCUCGAGAAAUGCGGCAUUGCGUGUACUUUGGAUUUGGUGGAGGGUAUGAUGACGGUCAAAACUACCAGGAAAACCUAUGAUCCAGCCGCAAUUCUCAACGCUCGCGACCUCAUUAGACUCCUAGCUCGGUCUGUCCCUGCCCCGCAAGCCGUGCGCAUCCUCGAAGACGGGGUCGCCUGCGAUAUCAUCAAAAUUCGGAAUUUAGUACGAAAUAACGAGAAGUUCGUCAAGAGGCGACAGCGCAUUCUUGGUCCCAACGGCACAACUCUGAAAGCGCUUGAGCUUCUCACAUCAACGUAUAUACUUGUCCACGGUGGUACCGUCUCGGUCAUGGGCCCAUAUAAAGGACUUAAGGAGGUGCGGCGUGUAGUGGAAGACUGUAUGGAUAACAUACAUCCUAUCUACAAAGUCAAGGAACUCAUGGUAAAGCAAGAAUUAAUGAAGGACCCAACUCUGGCAAACGAAAGUUGGGACAGGUUCUUGCCCAACUACAGGGCACGCAAUCUCAGCAAGCGUCAUGUACCGCAUAAGGUCACCGACAAGACCAAGAAGAACUACACGCCUUUCCCGCCUGCCCAAGAGAAGAGCAAGGUGGAUCUGCAGAUCGAGGCUGGUGAAUAUCAUGUUGGAAAGGAAGCAAAGAAAAGAAUUGCUGCCGAGGAGCGCAUGGAGGCUCAAAAAGUCAAGAAAGAGGAGAAGAAGAGGGACCGCGAGAACCAGUUUAUUGCACCUGAAGAGGGCACAGAACGGAAAAAGAAGAAGAGAAAGACGAAAACAGCAGACGACGAGUGAUGUAUUGCUAUCAAGGAAGAGGUUUGCCACCGGCAUGCUCGUUCUUCGGCCCGGGAUACGAUUCCCGUUCUUCGAUUCAGAGUCCGAUGCUCGUCCUUCGACACAAAUUAUCUCCUUGGUGCGACUCAAGAUGCAGUCGUGGUCCAAACUGGAAGCGAUUGAUGUAGCUCAUGAAUUGGCAUGGAGCCCAUGCUCAGUUCUGUUCAGGCAACAUGCCGGACAUGAAUGGAUCAAUUUGAGUCGAGUAGAAUGAUAAUACAGCAUUAUACGUUCCUCAUUUGGCGCUUGAUGAUUUGAAUGAGUGAGCAGA